AGGAGAAUGAGCUAUAGCAUGCACAGAACGUUCUCAAGACGAAAUAAACACGAUUUUUGCAAUUCGCAAAUAUUUAAACAAAAAAAUUUACCCUUAACAUGCCGAAAAGAAGAGAGCAAGAGGACUCCGGUAGUACUGAGAGUUUGAGCAAUAUUACAGAUGAGAGUGAAUCAGAGAAUGUCAGUUCGAGUGAUGAGCUUGAUAAGCAGAUGGUCAAGAGGGGCAGGCCGCGCAAAAUGAUGAACGGCGUGAGCAAGAUGAAUUUUUCGGGCCCACUCGGAAAUUACUACCAGAACCCCUCGCAAAUGCCGUUUCAGCAAAGUAACAUGCUGUACAGAAAUAUAAACCCGCAGAGGAAUAAUUAUAUGUACAAUCCCGGGAUACCGAGCAGCUACAGGUCGAUGGGGUACCCGUCACAACUUGGACCGAGCAAUCCGUCAUUUAUCGGUAACGUUUCCUCGCAGUUCUCGUACUACAACUAUCCGCAAUACAGGCAGGCGUAUCCACCGCAAGGGUACCAGCAACCGAGCUAUCAGCAGCCACCUCCGCAGUACAAUGCGCCAUACAAGCAGCCUCCGCCUUUUUACAACUUUUACGCACAACCUGUGCACCAGGCGCCCCCACCUGCUCAGAAAUACACACCGCCGAUGCGUGUCGAUAGGGAGCGGCAGCGGCAGGAAAAGCUGAAAAAGAGAAAGAAGCCGUCACCACGCCCCGACGAGCAACCGCAGCACGAGCUUUUUGAGAGUGACGAGAUGGAAGAGGUUGAGGAGGACAAGCACGAAAAGCUGCUUGAUUACAGAAACGAGAUGUUCUUCGUAAAAUUCAGAAACAUGAGCUACAUACACUGCGGAUGGGUGUCACAGGAGGAAAUCACAAAGACACGUGCAGGAGCAAUCAAAGCGAAGCGUUUCCUUUCACGGCACAAGGAGGACAAACAUAAUGCAUCGUUUGAAGAGGGUAAGAACAUUCAGCAAAUCAUAGCAAGUGAUUUCGGUGGUGUCCCACCUUUUGACCCGGAAUAUAUCAAAAUUGACCGCGUGAUCAGCGUUGACAAUCUUAUCCUCGUGAAAUGGAAGAAACUCGCGUACGAGCUGAGCACGUUUGAGAAGAUCGAGGACGUGCGCAACCUCGAAGGCUUUGAAGAAGAACUUAAAGAGUAUAAGACGCGAAAUGUUGUGAAGAAGACGGUAUUUCCUAUUGAUUACAGACCGCCAAAGGAUGCGCUGGUGAUUAACAAGUCAUUUAAGAACGAGAACACGCUACGAGACUACCAGAUGGAGGGGUUGAACUGGCUUCUGAACCGCUGGUACUACAAGCAGGGGUGUAUCAUGGCCGAUGAGAUGGGGCUGGGCAAAACCGUGCAGACGGUGUGCUUCGUGAAUAAAAUCUUUGAAACAGGGUACCAGCACCCCGUAUUGAUCGUUGCUCCUCUGAGUACACUCAUACACUGGGAGAGAGAGUUUAAGACAUGGACCGAUCUGCGCAUUCUGCUGUAUCACGGCAACAACGUAGCGCGCGAUCUGAUCUACGACUACGAAUUCUACAACGAUGGUUUGCUGUUCGACGUGCUUAUCACGACGUACGAAAUGGUGAUGAGCGGCGUGAAACAUCUUUCAUUUAACUUCGGCGUCGGUGUGUUUGACGAGGCACAUCGUCUCAAAAACAGCCAUUCAAAGGCGUUUCAGACACUCAUUUCACUGUCGUUCAAUCACAAGAUUCUUCUUUCUGGCACCCCGCUGCAGAACAAUUUGACUGAGCUUUGGUCGUUGCUCCAUUUCCUUGAUCCAAUCAAGAACGAAUCGCUUAAUUACUUUUUGGAGAGCUACAAGCUUGAGAAGAGCGAGGAUGUGGAUCGGCUUAAGACAUUGCUCAAACCGGUUAUGCUUAGGAGAAUGAAAGAUGAUGUGGAGAAGAUACCGAUAAAAGAGGAAACGAUUGUGGAGGUGGAGCUGACCAUGAUACAAAAGCAGUUCUACAGAGCGAUUAUCGAAAAGAACCUAAGUAUUUUCGAGAAGGAAAGCCCGAAUUUACUUAACGUGAUGAUGGAGCUGAGGAAGUGUUGCAUUCACCCUUAUCUGGUGAGAGGAGCAGAGGAGAAGAUCAUAAAUGAUUAUAAAAUACGAAGAAGGAUUGAGUUUAUCAAGCAGCGGAAAAUGCUUAGUGAUGAUGCAGAAUCGCGAGUCGGUGAUCAGAUCAGGGGUGAAUCGAGAACGGUGCGUGGCGCUGAAAUGGAAGUGAGGAGGGAGCAUCUCAUGGAGCAAAAUACUACGGAGGAAGAUGCAACCGACACAGCAAUAGCAGCUGAUACAGAGAAGGGCACCUUAGGACAGACAUUGGCAGGUGAUGCCGAUGAUGUAAAUAGGAACACAGAGAAACACCUGAAUGGUAGCGUGCGUGUGCCAUGCGCUGAGGACGAUGAUGCAGAGGGAAUAGCAUGGAGAAGAGAGACGCCAACGAACGAGCUCACUGUGGAUGAAUACUACAAGAUUUUGAUACAGAGCAGUGGAAAGCUGGUACUGUUGGACAAACUGCUCGCCAAACUAAAGGGCGAGCACAAGGUGCUCAUUUUCUCGCAGAUGACACGGUGUCUCGAUCUGCUCAGUGAUUAUCUGCAAUACAAGCACUACAAGUACGAGCGCAUUGAUGGAGGUGUACGCGGCGAGUGCAGACAGGCAGCGAUUGACCGGUUCAGUUCGGCUGAGAGUGACAGCUUCGUUUUCCUGCUGUGUACGCGUGCCGGUGGAAUGGGCAUCAAUCUUACGAGUGCGGACACAGUGGUGAUUUUUGACAGUGAUUGGAAUCCACAGAACGAUCUACAAGCGCAGGCACGGUGUCACCGUAUCGGGCAAACCAAAAGUGUAAAGAUUUAUCGACUUAUCACACGUAACACUUACGAGCGAGAAAUGUUUGACAAGGCUGGCCUUAAGCUUGGACUCGAUCAGGCCAUUCUACAGAAGAAUAAAAGCGUGCGUAAGAAGGAACACAUUGAGAAUCUGCUGAAGAAAGGGGCAUACGGUGUGCUGAUGGAGAACGACGAAGCCGCUCAGAAAUUUUGUGAAGAAGACAUUGACAUGAUCCUGGAGAGACGCACGCACGUUGUGCGGCACAACCAGGAAGCGAGCCAAAAUGUGUUCAGCAGGGCUUCGUUCCAAGUCGAAGAAGAGUUUGACGACCCUGAUUUCUGGCAGAAUCUGCUCACCAAACGUAAGGAUGCAGAGAACGAGAUGAAGAUCAAGCGACUGAUCAGACGGCUUGGCAGGGAAACUCCGACAGACUAUGAGGAGAUCGAUCAAGUGCUUGAGAGCACAGACGAUGAGAUGGUCAGGGUAUUCCUCAUAAUUUUCAAGAAAGGUGUGAACGGCAUCAUUGAGAACAUGUCCGAUGUGAAGGAGAAAAUCGGCAUCCUCGUGCGCUACUGCUACGAAACACUCACAGACAAAAACAAGGAAGAUUUUAAGUUACACCUUGAGGCGUAUUUCAAAGAUGAAAAGCAGCAGGCCAUCGACCACUACAUUGUUAAGAAGCUCGCGGAGAAAUUUCUGCUGCGUUUGCAGGUCGUAAGCAUUUUGAAGUAUCUGUACAGGAUUGAGUCGCUUGAGCACAUGAAAGGUGGCAGUGUAGAGGAGGACAGGCGAAUCGUUAACUGGGUAAUCAGCAACGGAUACGACAACUGGCCUACGGGCAUAGGGCGAGAAAAAAGCCUAUUUAGGGGAAAGGAUCGCAACGAUCUGAAUGCGCGCGUGCGCAAGAUCAUUUUAUCGCUGAACAAGAUAAAGGAAAAUAGGGAAGAUAGAGAGAGGGAAAUGGAGGUUGAAAGCAUCGUGAUGAACUACGGACGUGUUACUGCGCUUAACGAGAACGAUAUUGCAGAGAAUAUCGAAGAAGUGAAUAAAAAAGUGGAUAUUGUCAUGAACCAGAAGAGAAGGAAAAGCAAUUUCGAGAGUCUGUACAAGCGCAUCGUGCUCAUCGAUGCGCUCAAAACUCUUGAAGUCGAGGAGGUCAAGCGCACAGUUGGUCUGCCAAGGGGAUGGAAGAAGAAGGAUGACGAGCGACUUGUGCAGCUUGUCCAUGCCAGGGGAAUAGCCAACACUGCCUUGGAGCUCGGUCUAAGUGAUGAGAUCGUUGUGAGGCGGUUGGAAAUGUUAGUAAGCAAUGAGAAUGACGAGUAGAUCAUGGAAUGUGUUAUACAUUUGAUUAAAUAAGAUUUUUAUAGUGCCACUAGCUGUGCUGUUUCCGAUUAUAAAGCGAAAAAAGUGCUCUAUCCAUGCAAUGAUACUUUCUUCCUUUCAUAUGUCGUAUUAUGUUUUUUUUUAUUGUUUAAGAUCUUAUGGUAGGGGUUAAUUAAUUACUAUUCGGUGAUCGUGUAAUUUUGAUGUUGUUAGUAGAAAACAAUUGAGGGUGUUUCAGAAAGAGUGAGUUGUACAACAACUUUAGGCCCUUUAUUCAGUGCAAAUACAUGAAAUAAGCAUUUUGUAUUUUUCUCGAAG